AAAAUGUGAAGAAAUUUAUUGAGGAAAAUAAUAAAGUUUGGAGGUGGAAUAAGUCAAAGUUAUUUAACGGUCGUCCGAUCAAUCACCAAACACAGAAUAUAGCUGUUAUUGCCAAUGAAGGACAGGUUUUUCAACCCCCAAAAACUAAAAAAAAUAACCAACCUUAAAAAACAUACAACUUCUGCAAACCAAGUAACUAGCCGUUGUGCUUUCAGACUAAGGAAAAAAGAAAAAGAAAAAAACAUAACUAGCCGUUGCGAUCAAACUGGAGGUCACAGUUAAUAUUCUCACACUAAACCAUAGAUUCCUCUCUCUCCAUAGCUCUCCCAUAAAUCGUCUGUACUGAGCUGCAGUCAAAGCAGAAAAAAGCUGAGCCCCAGUGGCUAAAAAGAUUUCUCACACUAAGCUCCCUCUACUGCUCAAUCUCUCUCUCUCUCAUCCGCCAUUCAUAGAUGAUGGACGAUCCAGUUCAAUUGCGGCUCCAUCAUUUCAAAAAUCUCUCGGCGGGAAAUGCUGCAUGGAGCUUGGGCUCAAACAAGAAGAGAGAGAAAUGGAAGCCGGAGUUGGCCUUCCUCAGCCUCCUCCUCGCCCUCUUGUUUUCCGAUUUCCGGCUCGUUUCCGGCGUCAAAUGGGACGGCGUGAUGGUGAGCCGAGCUGAUUUCCAAGCCCUGCAGGCCAUAAAAAAGGAAUUGAUCGACUUCAAAGGGGUGCUGCGCAGCUGGAAUGACAGCGGCGCAGGCUCCUGCGCCGGCUGGAUCGGAAUCAAAUGCGCCGACGGCGAAGUCAUCGCUAUACAGCUGCCUUUCAAGGGAUUGGGCGGUCGGAUUUCCGACAGAAUCGGCCAGCUCCAGUCUCUCCGGCGGCUGAGCCUCCACGACAAUGUGCUCGUCGGCCCGAUUCCGGCGGCUCUUGGAUUCCUCCCUAAUCUCAGAGGCCUCUAUCUCUUCAACAAUCGCCUCUCCGGCUCUGUGCCUCAAUCGAUUUCCAACUGCCCGCUGCUUCAAACGCUUGAUCUCAGCAAUAAUCAGCUCACCGGAGUCAUCCCUCCCAAUCUUGCUAACUCCACCAGGUUUUAUAGAUUGAAUUUGAGCUUUAAUGGCAUUUCGGGGUCCAUCCCAGUAAGCCUUUCUCGCUCCUCCUCUCUCAACUUUCUCGCUCUUCAGCACAAUAAUCUCUCUGGCUCUCUUCCUGAUUCUUGGGGUUCAUUUCAGCUUAAGUCUCUGAGUCUUGAUCACAAUUCUCUUUCUGGAAAAAUUCAUGCUUCUUUAAGCAGAUUGGUUUCUCUUGAGGAGUUGGAUCUGAGUCAUAACAAAUUUGAUGGGAAUAUUCCUGAUGAAUUAGGCAGUUUGUCAUCUUUAGCGAAGAUGAAUCUUGAAAGAAACAAUCUUGAUGGCCCAAUCCCAGAAUCCAUUGGAAAGCUACGGAAUCUCACGUUUCUUGAUUUGUCCGAAAAUAAUCUCACCGGAGAAAUCCCAUCUUCUCUCUCCAAUCUCUCAAACCUCACUUCAUUCGAUGUCUCCUACAACAAUCUGUCCGGCGCCGUUCCAUCUCUUCUAUCAAAGAAAUUCAACUCCACCUCCUUCGCCGGAAACAUCCAGCUGUGCGGCUACACCACCUCGACGGCGUGCCCGUCGCCUGAACCCUCAUCGCCGCCGCAACCGCAACCGCAGCCGAAGCGGCACCGGCGGGAACUCAGCACCAAGGAUAUAAUACUGAUUGCAGCCGGAGCCCUUCUGCUGGUUUUACUAAUCCUCUGCUGCGCGUUGCUCUGCUGCUUGAUCGGAAAGAAGGCAUCGUCAAAAUCCAGCAAAGCCGGAGCUCCGCCUUCAACCAGCAGAGCUGCCGCCAAGGCGGGCCCCGUCACGGCUGCAGAAGUCGAAACUGGCGGCGACGCCGGAGGGAAAUUAGUCCAUUUUGAUGGCCCUUUUGUUUUUACAGCUGACGAUUUGUUGUGUGCUACUGCAGAGAUUAUGGGAAAGAGCAGUUAUGGAACGGCCUACAAAGCCACGCUCGAAGACAACAAUCAAGUUGCGGUGAAGAGAUUGAGAGAGAAAAUCACCAAACCUCAAAAGGAAUUCGAGUUGGAAGUUUCCAAUCUUGGAAAGAUUAGGCAUCCAAAUAUCUUGGCGUUGAGAGCUUACUAUCUCGGCCCCAAAGGCGAGAAGCUUCUUGUCUAUGAUUACAUGCCUAAUGGAAGCCUCGCAUCCUUCUUACAUGCAAGAGGUCCGGAAACGAGCAUCCCAUGGCCCACAAGAAUGAAUAUAGCUAUUGGAAUAACAAGAGGGCUAUGCUAUCUUCAUGGUGAGGUGAGCCACGUCCACGGAAAUCUGACGGCAAGCAACGUUCUACUCGACGAAAACAAGGAGCCCAAGAUCGCCGACGUGGGGCUAUCGCGGCUGAUGACGGGCGCCGCCACCACCAACGUGGUGGCGACGGCCGGAUCGAUGGGAUACCGGGCGCCGGAGCUCUCUAAACUGAAGAACGCGAGCAGUAAAACGGACGUGUUCAGCCUGGGAGUGAUCGUGCUGGAGCUCCUGACCGGAAAAUCUCCGAGCGAGGCGAAGGACGGGCUGGAUCUGCCGCAGUGGGUGGCGUCCAUUGUGAAGGAGGAGUGGACCAAUGAGGUGUUUGAUGUGGAGCUGAUGAAGGACGCUUCCAACGUUGGCGAUGAGCUGCUCAACACCUUGAAAUUGGCCCUUCAUUGCGUCGAUCCAUCGCCGGCCGCGCGCCCCGAGGCGCAGCAGGUGCUGCACAAGCUUGAGGAGAUUAAGGCGGAGGCCGGCGACGCUGCCAAGACCGAUGAGUGAAAAAAGCAGCUUCAGAUUUGCUUGUGUUUUUGGGUAUUUAAGUACUCCAUUCAUUAUUCAUUUAUUCGUUUGGAAUCAGUGGUUUUUUGGUUUAUCUGAUUUAAAGUGUGUAUAUAAUAUUUCUUGAUUUUUUGGGUGGAAUUACAUUAAACUCUAUUUUUGGGCUAUAUUCUUCAUGUUCAUGUAAUAAGAGUACAACUAGUGUACCAUUUUUUUUCUUGCUGUUGUUGUAAUUAUUACUUCUAUAUUAAUGGAUUUGCUUCUUUCUUUCGUGCA